UAUUAAUAGUUAAGUCUGCACCUAUUGCUAACGAAACACAUGGUCCUACGGAAACAACACACUUUGACAAUAAACGCGCGAAUGAUAACUCUUAUAAAGGGGUGACCCUUAUAAAGUAUUAGAUAGACUUAGAGAUUUCUAUAACAGUGCUCAACAAUGGGAUUGUGUAAGAGAAAAGACAGCCAGCCAGAAAUCAAAGAUCCUGCAGCAAUGGGGGAUGGCAAAGUUGUUCUGAAAAAGCAGAUUAACCUAUUCCAGGGUGUCGCAAUUAUUGUAGGUAUCAUAGUGGGCUCAGGAAUCUUUGUCUCACCUGUGGGAAUUCUCCAAAAUGUUCGUUCCGUCGGUAUGUCGUUUGUGCUAUGGGUCAUCUGCGGUAUAUACAACGCACUGGGAGCCGUGUGCUAUGCGGAACUAGGUACGAUGAUUCCACAAGGGGGAGGUGAAUACAUAUACAUCAGGAGAGCGUUCGGGGAUAUCGCCUCGUUUGUCUGCCUGUGGAUAGACUUCGUGCUGAUAUGCCCAGUAGGCAUUGCUGCGAUGGGUCUCAUGUUCUCCGUGUAUCUGUUAAAGCCAAUAUAUCCAGACUGUGAUGUACCAGAACUGCCACAGAGAUUACUUGGAGGUCUUAUAACAUGUCUCCUGAUAGCUGUAAACUGUGUGAAUGUGAAGUGGGCAACCAAGGUCCAGGUUGUGAUCACCAUCAGUAAACUAGUGGCAUUGGCAACCAUCAUCAUUAUAGGCUUCUACUUCAUUGCCAAAGGUGAGACGGAGAGCUUCCAAGACAGCUUUGCAGACAGUGACACCAGUGCGGGGGCCAUCGCUCUGUCCUUCUACUCUGGGUUCUGGGCUUACAGUGGAUGGAGUUACCUGAAUUUCCUUGUGGAUGAAAUGGUCAACCCUGUAAGAAACCUGCCGCUGGCCAUCUUCAUCUCCAUGACACUGGUGAUCUGCGUGUACCUGCUGGCCAACGUCGCCUACCUCGGAGUGCUUUCCCCUCUCCAGAUGCUUUCCUCACCUGCUGUCGCUGUGACAUUUGCUGAUCAGACACUUGGACCCCUGAAGUGGGUCAUGCCAAUCCUGAUUGCCAUAUCUGUAAGCGGCACAAUGAAUGGAACAGCCCUUUCCAUGUCAAGACUUUUCUUCAUUGGUGCUGGCAACGGACAUCUGCCUCAGUUUGUCUCCAUGAUCAACUACAAGCGACUCACACCCAUGCCCUCUCUCCUUACAAUUCUGGUGUUGACAUUGAUAUUCCAAAACAGCGGUGAUAUCUUUUACCUGAUUGAGAUGGAAGGCUUCGGGUUUGCGUCCAUCCUAGUAAUGACAUUUGCCAGUCAUGUCUAUCUGCGUUACAAGGAACCUGAUCUUCCAAGGCCCAUCAAGGUUCCAGUGGCCUUACCGGCAGUGCUGUGUGUAGUUAGUGUAGCCAUAGUAGUACUCACAUUCUACCAGAAGCCCAAAGAGAGCUUUCUGGCUCUUGGCCUGGUUGCCCUGGGUAUUGUGCUCUACCUGGUCUGUGGCAAGUGGAAGACCAAGCCAAAGUCUAUACAGGAGAAAAUAGAUCAUGUGACCAUGUUUAUACAACGUCUGCUGCUAGUUAUACCGCCAUCUAAACCAGAAGAUUUGCAGUUUGAAUGAACAGUCACCUAGUUAUACCGCCAGCUAAACCAGAAGAUUUACAGUUUGAAUGAACAGUCACCUAGUUAUAACACCAGUUAACCCAGAAGACUUGCAGUUUGAAUGAACCAUCACCUAGUUAUACCGCCAGCUAAACUAGAAGAUUUGCAGUUUGAAUUAACAGUCAUCUAGUUAUACCGCCAGCUAAAGAAGAUUUACAGUUUAAAUGAACAGUCUACUAGUUAUACCACCAGUUAACCCAGAAGACUUGCAGUUUGAAUGAACCGUCACCUAGUUAUACCGCCAGCUAAACUAGAAGAUUUGCAGUUUGAAUUAACAGUCACCUAGUUAUGCCGCCAGCUAAACCAGAAGAUUUACAGUUUGAAUGAACAGUCACCUAGUUAUAACACCAGUUAACCCAGAAGACUUGCAGUUUGAGUGAACAGUUACCUAGUUAUACUGCCAGCUAAACACCAGAUGAUUUACUGUUUGAAUGAACAGUCUACUUUUUAUACCACCAGUUAACCCAGAAGACUUGCAGUUUGAAUGAACUGUAACCUAGUUAUACCGCCAGCUAAACUAGAAGAUUUGCAGUUUGAAUGAACAGUCACCUAGUUAUACCGCCAGCUUAACCAGAAGAUUUACAGUUUGAAUGAACAGUCACCUAGUUAUUACACCAGUUAACCCAGAAGACUUGCAGUUUGAAUGAACAGUUACCUAGGUAUACUGCCAGCUAAACCAGAAGAUUUACAGUUUAUAUGAACAGUCUACUUUUAUACCACCAGUUAACCCAGAAGACUUGCAGUUUGAAUGAACAGUCACCUAGUUUUACCGCCAGCUCAACCAGAAGAUUUGCAGUUUAAAUGAACACUAGUUUUAACGCCAGUUAAACCAGAAGAUUUACAGUUUGAAUGAACAGUCACCUAGUUAUACAACCAGCUAAACCAGAAGAUUUGCAGUUUGAAUGAACAGUCACCUAGUUAUACCGCCAGCUAAACCAGAAGAUUUUCAGGUUGAAUGAACAGUCACCUAGUUAUACCACCAGUUAACCCAGAAGACUUGCAGUUUGAAUGAACAGUCACCUAGUUAUACAACCAGCUAAACCAGAAGAUUUGCAGUUUGAAUGAACAGUCACCUAGUUAUACCGCCAGCUAAACCAGAAGAUUUUCAGGUUGAAUGAACAGACACCUAGUUAUACCGCCAGCUAAACCAGAAGAUUUACAGGUUGAAUGACCAGUCACCUAGUUAUACAGCCAGCUAAACCAGAAGAUUUGCAGUUUGAAUGAACUGUCACCUAGUUAUACCACCAGCUAAACCAGAAGACUUGCAGUUUGAAUGAACAGUCAACACCCAACCGUGUAGACUUACUUCUGCCUACUGUUGGCAGCAUAGGUUGAACAUGUGACACAUUUAGGUUUUCAAAAGCAUACAUGUAUUAAUAACCAUAAUUUAAGUUGGUUUACAAGAUGUCACUGUUAGACAUAUCAAACCUACUGUGUAAUUAUUCGAUAUAAUUAACCAGGUUUUUAACCAGGUUUUCCGAAGGAAAAACUGGUUAUUAGAUUGGCGAAUGCGGGCGGGCUGGCUGGCUGGCUGGCGGGCUGGCGGGCAGGCGGAACAAGCUUGUCCGGGCCAUAACUAUGUCGUUCAUUGUCAGAUUUUAAAAUCAUUUGGCACAUUUGUUCACCAUCAUUGGACGGUGUGUCGCGCGAAAUAAUUACGUCGAUAUCUCCAAGGUCAAGGUCACACUUUGAGUUCAAAGGUAAAAAAUGGCCAUAAAUGAGCUUGUCCUAGCCAUAACUAUGUCAUUCAUUGUGAGAUUUUAAAAUCAUUUGGCACAUUUGUUCACCAUCAUGGGACGGUGUGUCGCACGAAAGAAUCACGUCAAUAUCUCCAAUGUCAAGGUCGCCACAACUAAAAAUAGAUUUUUUUUUAAAACAAACUUACAAAGGGGGUUAAUUUUGUUUGUUCAUUUCAAAAGUUCAGUUUGAGUUUUCUCCCUUUUUUUCACAAUGAAAACCUGGUUUUGUGACAAUUUUGUCCCUUGUUAAGAAGUGUUUUGAAUGUAAACAAGGUUUACCCUGAAAUCACUUUAUUUGAGCGCUUGUGUAGGAAUUAGGAACAUCAAAUUCGUCUCGUGAACAUGUGACUUGUUUGGUUUUCAAAAGAAUAUUAAUAGCAAUAAGUGUUUAAUUACAAAAGACAUUAUUGUGAUAGUGCUUUUAAGGCUGACAAUUAGAGUUUAAUCAAUUGAAACAGGGUAUGCAUAUUCUUUUUUAAAAACUCGUAUUCAAAAUAUGUUUUUCUUUUUUGUCUCAAAGGCUAGAAUUCCUUUUAUUUUUAUGUUAUUUGCAAAUUCAUUUCUAUUUAAUCUCAUGGAUUGAUGUUAUGCUUAAUACUUAUAUCAAUAGUAUUAACAUUUGAAUAAAGAUUUUCGUUUU